AUGGGUUUCAAAAAGACCACCAGGCCGCGUCCGUUUUUGAUGGAUAUGACCCUGGAGGACCUUAAUUACGGCCUAGAAGGUGACUUCUUUACAUCGACCGAUCUUGUUCGAUCAUAUCUCAAACGCAUCCAAGAAGUCAAUCAUAUUGUAAGAGCGAUAGCUGAGCUAGAUCCAGCCGCCUUGGAUCAGGCAAAGGCUUUUGACGCUGAGCGCUUAGCUGGAAUAUCAGGAAGUUGGAACUCAUCUUCUCACCUGGUCUUCUGUAUGCACAUCCCCCUGCACGGUAUACCCAUAAUUCUGAAGAAUCAAUUCGCGACGCAUAAUAUGAAUAAUACUUCUGGUUCUACGGCUCUUUUUGGCGCAAAGACCGGUCGCGAUACGGCAGUGGUCAAGAGACUGAGGGAUGCCGGUGUUAUCACCCUGGAAAUCCCCCAAUGGCUGGCAAUGGCUGGCAAUGGCUGGAGUGCGGAUGGUGGUCAAUCAGUGGGCAUAUUUUUCGAAAAUCAGGAUCCAUGGGGAAGUAGCACUGGACCUGCCAUCGGAACAGCUCUGGGCCUUGCGUUUGCUGGUCUUGGCACCGAGGUGGAAGGCAGCAUCACCUGUGUGGCGGAGAGAAGUAACUUGAUUGGUCUCAAACCUACCGUUGGGCUUGUCUCAAGGGACCUAGUGAUACUUUCAAGACGACUAGGGUCCAUAGGGCCCCUCACGAGAUGCGUCAUGGAUGCGGCUGCGACUCUAACUGCGAUCGCAGGGAAAUGCCCUAAUGACCCUGCAACAAAUGCUAUUCCAUUUGAGAUAAUACCGGACUACACCAAGGCUUGCAAGCUUGAUGGACUAAAUGCACUAAAAGGAAACCCUCCUUGUGCAGAGCUAACUUCUUUUGUGUCAAAAGAGUUUGAGGCCUAUGUUGAAGUGCUUCGGGAACUGGGUGCAACGGUUGUGGACGACUGCUGCUUUGAAGGAUACGAGGACGCCUUAAAAAAACAAUAUCGUUUUCGAGGGAAUAAGGCCAUGGAAAACGCCUGGGACUUCUUUGAUAACAGGGAAUGCGAAGAAUUCAAGGCAGCGUUGGAAUAUAUGGAACGGUUGGCUCAUGGGGGUGGGGUGCAAGGGGCCCUUGAAAAGAAUAGGUUGGAUGCUCUCAUCUUGCCUACUUGUGUGUCACCGAUUGUCCCAGCUCCUGGCGGUUAUCCAAUCAUCACGGUACCUCUAGGGGUCUAUCCAGAGGACAGCGAGAUAAAAAUGUGCCCACGAGGGGAUAUGAUAGAGCGAGGUCCAAACCUACCCUUUGGGCUUAGCUUUAUUGGCAAAAAGUUCUCUGAAGAAAAGCUUAUAAAAUAUGCCUGUUCAUUUGAGCAACAGACUCAAAGGAGAAAGAAAGGCAGACCCAUCCUUGCGCCAAAAACUUAA